AUUCGUCGAAGCAAAAUUAUUUUCUCCAAUGGGGGAAAUUGUCAGUAAUAUUAGCGCGGGAAAAUGGCUAGAGGGAAAUGUCGGGUUUUCAGUUAAUGAGCCUUAUCACGAUGGAAUACAGCAUGGAUUUUCUUCUAAAGAUCCUUGCAUACAACAUCCCAUGGAUGGGCUUUACGAUAAAGUAUAACAUCCUCUGCUUCAACAUAAAGGAUAUGCGACGCCUUCUGGAACUAGCACAAAACGACUGGAAACAAAUGAGCGACGCGCAGGAUAUCGAAAUAAUAAAGAAAUAUUGGGCCAUCGGAAGAUUAAUCACGUCGGUUUCCGCGAGUAAGCGCGGUAUUUCUUUUUGCGCGUGUUCGUUUGUUCGCUCGCUGACGCCUCGGUGACGAUUCAUUCGGUCAUUUGAUUACAGUUUUCAUCUA